GCAGUUCAUCGUGAAAGCCGAAAUUCGAUCAGCCAAAACGAAAAGUAAAACUCGCGUUGCGUAAGUAGUACCAGUCCGGCGCGGUCAGCCCGUCCAGGCAUUCCGCACACGUACGAAUCCUCCUCUUUACCAGGCAAAAGUCCGUACAUCUCUCGAUCCUUACGUAAAACGCGCCUCGAGUCUAUCCAUAAAAUCGCAAUCGCUAAAAGUACAGCAUAGGAUCCUCGAAAGAACAUAAAAUAAUAAUAACAAUAAUAAUAAUAAUAAUAAAAUACACCCGCGAGCUAUCCCCACUACCGAUACCCCAUCGCGCUCGGUGUGUGCAGGUGACGGCAGAAAAUCAGCGGAGCGCACCGUUCCGGUAAGUAAGUAGUAGUCUUCGAGCAGUGCGAGAGUAGUGUGCGCUACAAGCAGAGGAUGAAUAAUCGAGAGCUGUGCUUUUGGCUCGGCUUCUGCGUCUUCCUGACGCUGGCCGUACAGCCAAGGGGAGGAUGCAGCGGUAGUAGCUUGGCAGCUGGGGGCGGCAAUGACACCGAGGCUAAGCUCGCCAAGCUCGUCAAGAUCUUCAGUAAGCCUGGAGCUUUCAGCAAGAUCGACGCGAUUUUCGGCGAACAAGAACCAUCAUCGUCGUCAUCGUCAUCGUCAGCGUCAUCAACAUCCCAGUUGUCACUACCGUCCAGCUGUCCCAGUGGUGACGAGGGCCUGGAAUGCAGGCGCGCGGAGGCGCGACGCUCCGUCGAUUGUCCCCGAGGCGACUGCUACUGCUACAACUGCUCGAAAGCGGGUCCCGAGCUUUGGGCCUCCUGUUGUCGCGAGAGCUUGAAGUGCUGCUCACAUCUAGCCGCGGCCUGUCGGACCUGCGAUCAGCCGGCGCUUUAUCCCUUCUGCGCCAAACACUUCAAGAAAUGCAUCGGCCAAAUGAACGACAAAAAGUCGCCCUGACCGAAGAACGUACAUUUCGUAAAAUGAAAAUCGCCUUUGGAUAAAUCAUACGGCUAAGAGUAUAUACAACUCUUUUAUUACAUUAAAAUAAAACAGCAGAACGCAACAAACAUUUACAGCCUCGGCGCAUAGCUAUUUUGCCUGUGCAUGUGCUGGUUUGUAAUAUGUACAACAUCGAAUUCGAGGUGUGUAUGUGCGUGUGAGUUUGCGCGAAAAGCUGGAAUGACGACUGACGUUUUAUAAAGACACAUUGCAUAACUCUCGUGGGUUCGUAGGUGUGUGUGUGUGUGUAUGUGCGAGUAUCGCAGGCCGGCUUACGGGAUUUCUAAAUAUAGCCUUUGCACGGCUGGCUUAGAACAGCUUUCAAACGAUUGCCUAUGUAUGCGCGCGAAAGCUCCUGGGAUGCCGCCGGCGAGACGACGUUUUAUACGUAUAAUACGAGCGGGAAGAGAGCGCGCGCGCGCGUGUGUUCUUGCCGAAUUCGCUUUUUUUCGCUUCUUCUUUCAAGUAAAAAGUUUUUAUUGUCAAACCAUAAUGCAGUGAUAAUAUAUUUGUAUAAAGAAGAUGAACUUAUCGUAUAAAUAUUAUAUACAAAAUAACAUUUCAAAAUAAUCUUCUGCUAUUGCGUUGAUAAUAGUAUAAGGUUCAACAAACUUUCAUUUUCCAGCGUGACGCACAAGGCGCUUGGCCAAAAAUCACAUAUGUUUGUAUGCGUGUGUUUAUUAUAAUAAAGACAACCCAAGGGAAAUGCAAGCGCGACGCCGUAUACAGAAGAGAGAGAGAGAGAGAGAGAGAGAGAGAGAGAGAGAGAGAGAGAGAGAGAGAGAGACAGCUCGAGAGACGGAUCGAGGUCACGGUUUGACAUUGAGUACGUGCGUUACGGAACGAGUUUUGGACAUUGUUCGAGUGAGAGAUUAAAGCUCGUAAUAGAGGAGCGUAUUUCUUUGCUAUUACAUGUAAAAAAUAGCCCUGCUUAUCGAGGGCCAUCGAGAGGAAGCGAAAAAUUAGAACGGCGCGUUUCGCCCAAAUUUAUACUUGGAGCUGUCAUUUACGAUCAAUUUUAAGUUGAUUACGAAAUAUAUAUUAUUCGUUUGAUUUUAAAAGCGCGCUCUGUUCGCGAUGAAUAAUUUAAUGGUUUUCGUAACGAUCCGAGAGCUGACAAGAGCUAAUUUAUGCACGAGGUUAGCAAGCGUUUCCGCCCACUAAUUUGUCUUUUAUAGCGGACGGUAUAAAGAUGACAGUUUUACAAUGUGAGAAUAUUAUUGAUAAAAAAUAAAACGAAACUGGACCAAAAGGUCGUCUACUUUUUCGCUUCCGCUUCGUCGGUGUGUACUUGGUUACACUAACGUUGUGUAAGGUGAGAUUUUGAAAAAAUAAAAAGUUUUCUUUAUAUAAUAAUAUCCGAAUAUAUAUAUAAACUUUAUACACUAA